AUGCCGACCCUCCAGAGGCCUGCCGCUCCUGCCCGGACCGUCUCGUCCAGCAGCUUCGCCGAGGCCUUCGAUAAGGCUCGACACAAGCUGGACAAGGAGUUGAAGACGGAGCUGAAGCAGCUUUCUCUCAACGACGACUCCACUCCGGACCUCUCAGACUCGGAAUCUACCCCCGCAUCGCCGGGCUCCCUGGCCUCCGACUCGGGGGUGGGUACCCCCACUCUUGCAAGCCCGGGCACGCCCCUGACGGCUGCGCUCACCCCCCUUGUGGACCCGGACGUCACUGAGGAUUUUGCGUUUGCAUUUGAUAUUGAUGGCGUCCUCAUCCGGGGCGGCAACCCUAUCCCUGAGGCCAUCGAGGCCAUGAAGGUGCUGAACGGCGAGAACCAGUAUGGCGUCAAGGUCCCUUACAUCUUCCUUACAAACGGCGGCGGCAAGACCGAGGCCGAGCGCUGCAAGGACCUCUCCAAGCAGCUCGAGAUCGAGGUCUCGACCGGCCAGUUCAUCUGCGGCCACACGCCCAUGAGGGAACUGGCCGAGCAGCACCGCACCGUCCUGGUCGUUGGUGGAGAGGGCGAGAAGUGCCGUGAGGUAGCCGAGGGCUACGGCUUCACCGAUGUCAUCACUCCUGGAGACAUUAUCAAGGCCAAUGCAGCCACGGCGCCGUUCCGGAAGCUGACGCCCCAGGAGCACUCCAACUCUCGCGACCUGCUCGCCCGCACCGAUGGCGACCUGACCAAGAUUGUCAUCGAGGCCAUCUUUGUCUUUGCCGACAGCCGCGAUUGGGCCUCGGACCUGCAGAUUAUCCUCGACGUUGCCAUGUCCAAGGGUGGCCGCCUCGAGACCCGGUCUGAGACUUUUGAUGAGGGCCCGCCGGUCUUCUUCUCGCACAACGACACCCUCUGGGCGGCGCAGCACGAGCACGCUCGUCUGGGUAUGGGCGCGCUCCGUCGCAUUGUCGAGGUCGUCUUCGCCGACGUGACGCAGGGCAAGGGCAAGCUGCGGGCGCACUCGUUUGGCAAGCCGCAGGUGCCCACGUUCGAGUUCGCCACGCGCCUCCUGCAGCGCUGGCGCGAGGACCGCCACGGCCUGGCCGCCAACACACCUCCGCCCGAGACGGUCUACUUCGUCGGCGACACGCCCGAGUCGGACAUCCGCGGCACCAACGCCAUGGACGCCGUCAGCGACAACGAGUGGUACAGCAUUCUCGUCAAGACGGGUAUCUACCAGGACGGCACUGUGCCCGCCUAUAAGCCCCGCGCUACUGUCCCUACCGUACUCGAGGCCGUCCACCACGGCAUCGAGCGCGAGAUGGAGAGGCGCAGGGCCAGGGCCUCGGCUGAGAAGGCUGGCGCCGCCCAGCCCGAGAAGGUCGGCGAUGUCCUCUCUGCCGGCCGCGUCCCUCAGGUUGAGAUCGUCGAGUCUUGA